AUGAAUAGUGAUAACGAAUAUGACGAACCUGUUUAUGAUGAACCCAUUUAUGAUGAACCCGUUAAUGAUAAAACCGUUAAUGAUGAAACCGUUAAUGAUGAAAAUGAUGACGUCCAAGAAAUUAAUGAACCUCCUAAUAUAUUUGCCGUGAGAAAAACCCCAAGAAAAUCUGCAGAUGAAUCAAGUUCAAAAAAAGUUAAAGUAAAUAUUAAUAAAUCGGCUAAUUCUAUAUCCAAAAAGUCUUACGUUUGGGAUUACUUUAAAAAUGAAAAUGAUCGUGACUAUUGCAAAAUAUUAGUUUUUCGAGUGGGUGUAGAAGUUGAAUGUGGAACAAAUUAUAAGCAUGAUG